UGAAGGCAGCCAUACUGGAUUGUGAAGUUUCCCGAUACAUGUAAAGUUUUUGACAUUAUGGAGUUGUACUUAGUUUCAGCCAAUGUAGAUUUGACAAAUCGAUAAAUGGGCCGUGCAGAAUUCAGUCUGGCUGUUUCUAUAAUAUAAAUGUGGACAGAAAUUGAGCCAGAAGACCUGGGGGAAAAAUUCAAACAUUACGGCUAUGUUGGAUUGUGAAGUCUGAUAAAUUAAAUUUCCCCUAGAUAGUAAAUGUAAUGCUCUCUGACCAUGGACCCAAGGAACAGCGCCCAGGAUGUUGUACGCUGCAUCCUGUGUCGGGACUCUGUGGCCCCCAUGUACUGUAAAGUUUGUCAAAUACACCUGUGUAAAGACUGUGUAGAGAUACAUUUCUCUGACUCCUCUAAAGUUCAUAAUGUGGUGCCACUUACACAAUAUUUAACCACUCUGAACUAUCCUAUGUGUAGGGUACACCCCACCAAACAAUGUGAACUCCACUGUGAACAAUGUGGCAUUAAUAUAUGUACACAGUGUAUUUCUUCUAAAAAACAUAUAGGACAUAAACAAGUUGACAUUCUUGAAACCUUUGAAAGCAAAAUGGAAAAGUUGCAAAAAGAUUUGCAAGAACUAGAGAAUUCUAUUUAUCCUAAAUGCCAAGAAGUUGAAUCUAACAUCACAGUGCAGAAAGCUGAUUUGAGUAAAAACUCCGAGACAUUGACAAAAGCAAUUGACGAACAAGGAGAAGUCUGGCACAAAGAAAUAGACACCAUUAUCAGAAACCUGAAAUCUAAUGUGGAGGAAAUGGAAUCCGAACACCUGGUCAUCUUAAAUACUCAAGAAGAUGAAAUCACACACACCAUUUUUGAAAUCGAACAGAGCAUUGCUGAACUGAAGAAGUUACUGAACUCUAAUGAUGUCUGCCUUGUCUCUGAGUACAAAUCCAGGAAUGCUGAAUUCAGAAGACUGCCUCUUCAGCUCAAAGUGUCCUUACCAAACUUUAGGCCUCAGGAAAUCCACAAAGAUCAGCUGAUUGAACAGUUUGGUUCUCUGUCAGCAUUAUCUUGUACAACAGAGAAUCAACAAUACAGCAUGUCAACCCUGGGAGCCCAAACCUCUCCCCCAGAGCGGUCAUUGAUGGAUGUACCCCAGGUUAUCAAAGCUAUACACACAGGGUAUACACCUCUGUACGGCGCCACGUGUUUAAAUGGUACAGAGGUAUGGGCACGUGGUAAUAACAACAUGAUGGAACUCUACAACCUCCGGGGGGAUCUAGUAAAGUCCAUCCGAACCAAGUCAGGAAAAAUUCCACAUGACACAGCUAUAACAAGGAGUGGGGAUCUAGUUUAUACUGAUUACAGUGAUAGAACGGUGAACAUAGUGAAGAAUACACAGAUACAGACAGUGAUCAGACUACAGUGGUAUAGACCUCUCAAUGUCUGUACUACCUCCACUGGGGACCUCCUGGUUGUCAUGGACAAUGAAUAUAGACCAACAAAAGUUGUGCGUUACUCUGGCUCUACAGAAAAACAAAGCAUUCUGCUUGAUGACAAAGGACAACCUCUCUAUUCAUCUGGUGGAUAUAUCAGUGAGAACAGGAACCUAGAUAUCUGUGUGUCAGACUUUGGAGCCCAUGCAGUAGUGGUGGUCAAUAAGGCCGGGAAACUCCGCUUUACCUACAAUGGUCACCCCUCUUCUUCCAGGAAAUUAUUUAAUCCACACGGCAUUGCAACAGACAGCCAGGGUCGGAUCCUGACAGCAGACUGGGACAACCAGAGUAUCCACAUCCUGGACCAGGACGGACAGUUCGUCCGCUACAUAGACAACUGUCAUUUAGAGUUUCCAUACACUUUAUGUGUGGACACCAGGGACAACCUCUUUGUAGCUGAGUUGGACACACGAAAAGUGAAGAAAAUACAAUAUUACAUAUAAAUCAAUAAACUGCAAAUUUGAUUGUAACACAUGAACCAAUGUAAUCAUAUGUUGCAUAUUCUGUGUUAAUUUAUAACAUGUAAAUAAUGUAUACAUGUAUAUAUUUGCAUAACUUUAACGAAUAAACGAAUUUUUAUGUGUAUAUGAA